UGAGAAAAACAACUGAGUUCGAUUGUAGAACGGAAGUGGUAGGAACGGAACAUUGCUUCUUUCUAGGUGCUUGCUCUUGACGGAGCCAUUUCAAAGUAAACACAAAAAUGGCAGCUGUGGUGAAAAAACAUGUGCAGUUUCAGGAGCACAGUGAAGAGAUUCAGUAUGAAGACAUCAAUGAACAGAGUGGUUCUGGAGAAGAGGAAAAUGUAGAAGAAGGGUCAGAAAAUGAAGAGAGUGACGGAGGUGUGGCAGAGGAUGAAGAUGGAGAAGAUGAGGAGGAAGGUGAGGGUAAUGCCAAUGUUGGAUGGGCAGAGGCCAUGGCAAAGAUCUUGGGGAAGAAAACUGCAGAGAACAAAAGCACCAUCCUCAUCAAGAACAAAGAGCUGGACAAAGUGAAAGAGCGGGAACGACAGGAGCAGCUCGAGAGAAAGCAACAGAUUGACAAAAAACGUGCCUGGGAAAUGAUGUCCAGAGAAAAACCUGACAUAGUGAAGGACAGAGAGACUGAGAGAGCUCUACAAAGGAUCGCCACCAGAGGGGUUGUGCAGCUGUUCAACGCUGUCAAGAAACACCAGAAAACUGUCGAUGACAAGCUGAAGGAAGUUGGAGGCUCGGAAAGAAAGAAGGCCAAGAUUCUUUCUUCUGUCUCCAAAAGAGACUUCAUUGAUGUGUUGAGAAGGACAGAGGGAGUGAGCAGCAAAGAAGAAAAGACUAAGGCUGCAGCAGCAGAUGAGAAACCCGCCUGGAGUGUCCUCAGAGACGACUACAUGAUGGGAGGCACCAUGAAAGACUGGGACAAGGACAGUGAUGGAGAAGCAGAUACACAGACUGGAGGGGGAGCGGAGGAAAGUGAUUCUGACUGAUUUAGACCUUUUGUACACACCGAACGCUGUGAUGCCGUUUUGGACAGACUGAGGAAAGGGAAUCCCAGGCCAGAUGGGGAGGGCUCUGAAAUCUUGCAUAAGAGGAAAUCUUUUUGUCACCAAACACAUCACCAAACAUCAGUUUUUACUCUUCUGUAAAUAGUAAUGUUUUGUACAGUUGUGGUUUAAUAAACAAUUAAAUAUUGUAUCCUCCAAA